GACAAAAGGGAAACUGCCUCUGUUCGCCGGGCCGGCUCGGAGCUGCCGGAUCGUUCGCCUCCCGGCCGGCUCCGUGAGCCUCCUCCCCCCUGCCUACCCUCGGCUGCUGCUCCGCCUCCCUCCCCGCGGGCUGUCCCCGCAGUGCUCCGGGACCCAGCCAGCCUUCGGGGCGCGCGUCGCUGCUGGUGGUUGGGGCUCUAGCGAUAAUAAAUGAUAGAGGAUACAAUGACUUUGCUGUCUCUCCUGGGUCGCAUCAUGCGCUACUUCUUGCUGAGACCCGAGACGCUCUUCCUGCUGUGCAUCAGCCUGGCGCUGUGGAGUUACUUCUUCCACACGGACGAGGUGAAGACCAUCGUCAAGUCCAGCCGGGACGCCGUGAAGAUGGUGAAGGGCAAGGUGGCCGAGAUCAUGCAGAACGAUCGACUGGGGGGGCUCGACGUGCUGGAGGCUGAGUUCUCCAAGACCUGGGAGUUCAAGAGCCACAAUGUGGCGGUGUAUUCCAUCCAGGGUCGGAGAGACCACAUGGAGGACCGUUUCGAAGUUCUUACGGACCUAGCCAACAAGACGCACCCCUCUAUCUUCGGGAUCUUCGACGGGCACGGGGGCGAGUUUGGGUUAUUUCUCCAGGGUGGAUUUCCAGAAGUGGGAUUUCUGGAUCAGAGAAGAAGUGAAGAAAUCAGUAUUCAUGGUACAUCAAAUUUAUGGAAGAAGUAUUCAUCUUGGAAAAAGGAGAUACAAGAUAAUUUCAACCAAAGACAGAAUGAUGUUUCCAGAUAAUCAAUAAUACCUCCUCUUUGUUAAGGAGCCAGUUGGGCAAUAAAGGAAACGUCCUCUUCCAGUUUUACAGAUUGGCUGGUUCUGUCUUUCAUGUUCAUUGUCAGAGACUUAGGCCGUAGCAAAAGUAAAUUCAAGACACACCUAGCUAGUGCAUUAUUUGGAAGUUUUUGGUUGUAGGUGACAUAGAACUCAAGUGGAAGCAGCUUAAACUCUAGGUUUAUUUAUUAUCUCACGUAACAAAUGUCCUGGAAGUAGGUGUUUCCAAGGUUGGUUGAUUCACCAGCUCAGUGACUUCCAGUCUUUGUAUAACUACAUCCAGAGAGGUGAAAAAGAAACUGUACCUGUCCUGCAUUCUUAAAGCCUGAGGAAAACCUAUCUAGAAACUACUACUCAAAAAAAAAAAAAAAA